AAAUAUCUCUAUAAAAGUCACAGUAUAGAAGGACAUGCCUGGCAGUUUCUACUUUCUCCAUACUGUGUGGGCAUACUCAUUCCUGGUAUGGUGUGCCUGUAAUUUCUGAGUAUCUGCCCAUUUCUCCCAGAUGCUUUGCAGUUCCACAUCCCAGGCAUUUUCAAAUGACGAAGAAGCCCUUAUUAACAAAGAAUUACCAAAAGAACUUCUCUUAAGAAUAUUUUCCUUCCUGGAUAUAAUAACUUUGUGUCGAUGCGCACAAGUGUCUAAGGCUUGGCAUGUCUUGGCCUUGGAUGGAAGUAACUGGCAAAGGAUAGAUCUUUUUAAUUUUCAGACAGAUGUAGAGGGCCGAGUGUUAGAAAAUAUUUCCAAAAGAUGUGGUGGGUUCCUGAGACAGCUAAGUUUGAGAGGCUGUCUUGGGGUUGGAGACUCCUCCUUGAAAACAUUUGCACAGAACUGUAGAAAUAUUGAACAUUUAGUCCUUAAUGGAUGCACAAAAAUUACUGAUAGCACUUGUUACAGCAUUGGUAAAUGCUGCUCCAGACUAAAACAUCUGGAUCUCACAUCUUGUGUUUUUAUUACAAACAACUCUUUAAAGAGUCUCAGUGAAGGGUGCCAAAAUCUGGAACUCCUGAAUCUUUCCUGGUGUGGUCAGAUUACAAAAGAUGGUAUUGAAGCACUGGUUAAAGGGUGUAGUGGACUAAAGGCACUAUUUCUUAAAGGAUGUACACAGCUAGUAGAUGAAGCACUUCACCAUAUUGAGAAUCACUGUCAUCAACUGGUUAUAUUAAACCUUCAGUCAUGUACGCAAAUAACAGAUGAUGGCCUAGUGGGUAUCUGUAGAGGAUGUCAUCAACUCCAAUCUCUCUGUAUUUCUGGUUGUACAAACCUUACAGAUGUUUCUCUCAUAGCGCUUGGUUUGAACUGUCCAAGGCUGAAAAUUCUGGAGGCUGCAAGAUGUUCACAACUCACUGAUUCCGGUUUUACACUUCUAGCACGGAACUGUCAUGAUUUAGAAAAAAUGGAUUUAGAAGAAUGUGUUCUGAUAACAGAUAAUACCCUGGUACAAUUAUCAAUUCAUUGCCCCAAACUGCAAGCACUGAGCUUGUCCCACUGUGAACACAUCACAGAUGAUGGGAUUUUGCAUCUAAGCAGCAGCACAUGUGGACAUGAAAGGCUCCAGGUUCUCGAGUUGGACAACUGCCUUCUAAUCACAGAUGUGGCUCUAGAACACCUUGAGAACUGCCACAACUUAGAGAGAAUUGAGCUGUAUGACUGUCAGCAAGUCUCCCGUGCGGGCAUCAAAAGAAUAAGAGCUCACCUACCAGACGUGAAAGUUCAUGCUUACUUUGCUCCAGUAACUCCAACUCCUUCUGUAGGAAGCACUCGCCAGCAUCUCUGCCGCUGCUGCAUUAUUCUUUAACAGUGCUAUCUACAUUACCAGUGUUUUACCUGUCUCCUUGCUACACUUUGACUUCAAAUCUUCCAUCUCUAUAACUUGAGGACAUUAUUUCCUUUAAUACUUCACUCUUCUCCACAGUGACUUCCUGCAAAGCAGUCAACUGGGGCCCUGAUUUUUUUUUAGCAUGAAGUUGUCCCUCAAUCUACUUUUCAGCUAUGCUGGGACAGUAUUUCAAGAUUUCUUAUAUUGACUCAAUCCUCCUCCUCGCACUCUUAAAUCGUUUUCCCUUCGGAGAAAUGAAAAGUCUAGCUGACUGUGCAAAAGAAAAAAAAACUGAUGGAGAAGGAGGGAUUUUCUCAACCGUCCUAGUAGAAAAAGAAUGUUGCCUCUUGCUGUCAGGUUGGAGUAUGGGACAACUCAUUUGUGGUGGAUUGCUCCUUGUGCAAUAUUUUACAGCAGCACAUAGCUGAAUAUUUUGCUAUUUGUCUAUGGGAAUUAAGCUUCCAAGAGAAAGACUAGUGGCAUAUCAAACAAAGUCCCUCUGAAAUUUUUGACUUCUAAAAGUGUACUAUGCCCUCUGGAUCUGCUUGGUUUUAGUUUCUGUAUUGUGUCCCUAUAUUAGCAAAUGGCAGCAAUAUGUUCAGAUUUCAGCAUGUUCACAUUUGCGUCAGCGCCAUUAUGUAUAUAAGAUGUGAUGAUCUGCUGUCACUGAAAAUCACAGAUUGGGAUGUCCCGCUGUAAAGUGGUUGUGAAAUUCGUUGGUAAACAGAUACUUGCUCAAAAUCAAGUAAUUUUCAAUAUGGCAUUAUUUAAAUGAAGGCAUCCAUAUUUAGACUGGUUUCACUAAUUUCAAAAUAAAAAGGCAAAUGAGUUACAAUCUAUCACUGCUUCAAUUAAUGGUCAGCAUUUUAAAAGCUUCAUAAAGCAUAACUGGAAAAAGAGAAAUAUUUCUUUUUGUAUCAACAUUUCAGCACUCUGUGCUUUUCCGAUUUUCUAGAUACUGUGAAAAUAAAGUCAAGGACAAAUACAAAAGUAUUGAAAAUGUUUUUUUUAUUGAAAUUGAAAUGUAUACAACUUAUUUAAAAACAAAAAAGCAAUUUGCUGGUGCCAUUAAUUAAAUCCAAGUGAACCAAACUACUGUACAGUAUUAGUGACAUUUUUCAAUUGCGCCAAAUGUUCCACAACUUUGUAAAGUGAUGCUGAGAUGACACAUCAAGUCAACUGAAGAUACCCAAAUACAACCAAAAAUAAUUUAUCAGCAAUAACAACCCCAAACUGUUUAAGCUUACAAACUCCGUUCUCCAUUCCCAUCUAUGCAGAAUAGUCUACAUCAAGGGAGGGGAGGAAUUACUUACCCUAAUAUCCGUAAUUAAACAGUUUUCUUAGAAGAAUUAGGCCUUUAAGCACCUAGUCCAAGCAUAAUUUAAAAAGGAAAUGAAUUAAAAAUGUUUAGCAUUUGUUUCCUUUCCCUCUCAGUGUUGUUUGACUGACGGCUUCAGCUGUUCAACAAAUGGGCAAGUCCAUAUACUGGGAAGUUGGGAAAGCCUUCCCUCUUGAAUAACUGUCUUAAUCUAUAAUCCAGCAGAGACAUGUAUCACUGAUAGAUACUAUUUAAGGACUUUUUUCUUGCAAUCCAUUCAUUACAUUGUGCAACUACUAGUCAAGUAUUUCAUUACAGAAGAGGCACUGUAAUUAAUGUUCGUUCCAUAUGACAGAGAGGGGGAAACAAAAGGAAAGGACAGUUCACAAAUGGGAAAACAAAUAGUCUGCACCCCAAAGGG